AUGAUGGCUACAUUACCCGGAACGAUGCCUCGGAUGGUGCGUCCUGCGCCAGGCCAGAACUACCCCCGAACCGGCUUCCCCCUGGAAGUAUCCACCCCUCUGGGCCAGGGUAGGGUGAACCAGCUUGGCGGAGUGUUCAUCAACGGGAGGCCCCUGCCAAAUCACAUCCGACACAAGAUUGUGGAGAUGGCACACCACGGCAUCCGACCCUGUGUAAUCUCGCGACAACUGCGAGUUUCUCACGGAUGCGUCUCCAAGAUCCUCUGCCGGUACCAAGAGACCGGUUCGAUUCGUCCCGGGGCCAUAGGAGGCAGCAAGCCCAGGCAGGUGGCAACUCCUGACGUGGAGAAGAGGAUCGAGGAGUACAAGAGGGAGAACCCGGGUAUGUUCAGCUGGGAGAUCCGGGAUAAGCUGCUGAAGGACGGGGUGUGCGACAGAAGCACAGUUCCUUCAGGUGAGGCUUCAUCUGUGAGCUCCAUCAGCCGCGUUUUGAGGGCCCGAUUUGGCAAAAAAGAUGACGAGGAUGACUGUGAUAAGAAGGAUGAAGAUGGAGAAAAGAAAACAAAGCAUAGCAUCGAUGGCAUCCUCGGUGAUAAAUGUAACCGCACAGAUGAAGGCUCAGAUGUAGAUUCAGAGCCCGACUUGCCUCUGAAGAGGAAGCAGAGGCGCAGUCGCACUACCUUCACCGCCGAGCAGCUGGAAGAGCUGGAGAAGGCCUUUGAAAGGACACAUUACCCAGACAUCUACACCAGAGAGGAGCUGGCCCAGAGGACAAAACUCACAGAGGCGAGAGUACAGGUGUGGUUCAGCAACAGGCGGGCUCGGUGGCGUAAACAGGCCGGUGCCAAUCAGCUAGCUGCCUUCAACCACCUGCUUCCCGGAGGAUUCCCACCUACAGGGAUGCCAACUUUACCCACAUACCAGCUACCAGAGUCCAGCUACCCCAGCACCACACUAUCACAGGAGGGCAGCAGUACAUUGCACAGACCCCAGCCCCUGCCUCCAUCCUCCAUGCACCAGGGAGGUCUGGGUGCUGACACCAGCUCUGCUUAUGGCCUGUCGUCCAAUCGCCACAGCUUCUCCAGCUACUCUGAUACUUUCAUGAGCCCCUCAGCAUCCAGCAACCACAUGAACUCUGUCGGCAACGGGCUCUCCCCACAGGUGAUGAGUAUCCUGAGUAACCCCAGCGCCGUACCCUCCCAGCCCCAGCACGACUUUUCCAUUUCCCCCCUGCACAGCAGCCUGGAGAGCUCCAACCCCAUCUCAGCCAGCUGCAGCCAGCGCUCUGACACCAUCAAGGGUGUGGACAGCCUGGCUUCCUCCCAGUCAUACUGCCCCCCCACCUACAGCGCCACCAGCUACAGCGUGGACCCCGUCACUGCAGGCUACCAGUACAGCCAGUACGGUCAGACUGCUGUAGACUACCUGGCUAAGAACGUAAGCUUGUCCACCCAGAGGAGGAUGAAACUUGGAGACCACUCAGCCGUGCUAGGACUGCUGCAGGUGGAGACGGGACAGGCUUACUAA